AUGGUCUCUCAGUUCAUCCUGUUUCAACUUUACAGUGAUUUGGCCCACAUUUUCGAAUCAUACAUUCAGUGUAAGCAUGUGGACUACCGGUCAGAGCGGAUAGAGGACUACUAUGACAUCCAGCUCAGCAUAAAAGGAAAGAAGAACAUCUUCGAGUCAUUCAAAGACUACGUUGCAACUGAGCAGUUAGAUGGAGACAAUAAAUACAACGCAGGAGAGCAUGGCCUGCAGGAGGCAGAAAAGGGAGUGAAGUUCCUCACCUUCCCUCCGAUCCUUCACCUGCAGCUGAUGAGGUUCAUGUAUGACCCACAGACUGACCAAAACAUCAAGAUCAACGACAGAUUUGAGUUUCCAGAUCAGUUACCCCUGGAUGAGUUCCUCCAGAAGCCAGACUCCAAGGAUCCAGCCAACUACAUCCUGCAUGCAGUUCUAGUGCACAGCGGGGACAACCAUGGCGGUCACUACGUCGUCUAUCUUAUUACGUCGUCAUCUUUUUUUUUUACACACCUUUCACUCCAAAAUUCUGUGGACGUAUUUGGGGUUUCUGCACUAUGAGCUUAAAUGUCAACA